GAGCAGGAGCAGCCCGAGAGCGCCGGUGCCCACCAGGAUCACCCAGCCCGGGUACCGCUUCGGCUCUAGCCCCAGGUCGAGGCCCAACUCCGUGCGCAGAAAACCUAGGCCGACCGAGAGCAACUCCCGCAGCCGGGCAGAGCCCUCCUCGGCCUGCUGGGCCAGCUCGUCCUGCCAGCUUCGUGCAGCCAUCUUCCCUCCCGUCAGAGAGACUCGCGGGAUGACGCCGGGGAGCGGAGCCGCCGCUGGAACAGUCGUGGGAGGCGACAGGGCCGCGACACCUCAGGCCGAGCGCAUCGCGGCCAACCCUCACGCCGGAGUAGGGGAUAGAGGGCCGCCGCCGCCACGGGGAGAGCCAAAGGUUCCCAGUCUCCGCAGCCGGCCUCACGCCGCCGCCACCAGGAGGACACGGGGCGGCGGGGACAGAGUGUCUCCAGAGGCGGCCGCUAAGCGGCGUCGGGGCGCCAGCGCCAGGACCCGCUGUCCUCCCCCGGCGGAACAAUGGCGGCUCCGGCCGCGAUCCACGCUGCGCGCGGAGGCCGGUCGGGUCACGUGGAGGCUGUGGGCGGGGCAUGCGUCACAUGGGGCGAUGGGCGGGGCCGGGCGGACUCUAGUCUUGGAGUGGGGUCUCCUUGAGCUGUGUGGGUUUGGAGGCUUGGGGCGACUCGGAGCUUGCGAAGCGGGAGCUAGAAAUCUGACGGUGGAACUCCUUCAGGCUCGGGCUUUCUGGAUGCUGAGAGGGAUUCAGGUGUGAGGCCUGCGCACGAGCAAGGCGGCCAAACCCAUCGGAGUAUGAGCAGGCUUUCCGCUCUCUUUCCUGCAGUGGUGGUGCAGUGGACCGGCUUUUUCUCCCUAGGUCAGGGGCCAGUUGGAUGCUUCCAGAGGGAGCUCGGUGGACUCUGAGGCAGCGAGCACGUGUAAUUCACAUCCGAGUAUUUCUUCGGGGCGGACUAGCAUAUUAACGUUUGCCAACGUUUGCGUCUGUUCUGUCGUUCACUCCUGCUGUCUGUUGUCAGGCUCCAGAUUUAAAAAGUCGGCAAACCCGUGGGAGGCACUAUUAUUUUUCUACUGAUUUGUAGCCUUAAUAGGAAAUAUUGAGAGGAAGCCCUUAGACUGUAUUUAUAUGCAAGAGAAGCAUAUUAUUUUAAGCUUUUAUACAACCCCAAAAGAAUUGCAAUUUUUGAAUGCUUGUGUUGUCCAACAGUCAAAUGUAGCAUUAGAAGGAAACUAGGUGGGUUGGGGAAUGUCGCUCAGCAAUAGAACAUGCUUACUGAACAUAUGCAAGGCUCUGGCGUCGAUUCCUAGCACCAAAAAUAAAGAGCUGAGGCGCUUCUUCCCUUCUUAAUUUUAAAAAUGCUUGAGGACUACCCUACUAUUUGUAUUUUGACUUUGCGGUAAGGAAACAGUGUCUAUAAUUAAAUGUUAAUUAGCAUGUAAGCAGCUGAAGUAAAUACAAACUAAAAACCUAUUCAUGUAUUUUGACCCA